AAAAUCCCUUUCGCCAAGUACCCACGGGAGUUGUUUAGCUUUUUAUUUCGACACUGUUCUUCAGUUUUUGGCUUUCCAGAAGAACGUUUCCUUCUUUUCACUUUCAGUCUCGGAAAUCUUACCCCAAAACUGAUAACUCAGGUGAGGUUAACGAAUUAAUUUACGUGCCAACUCUCGAGCACCGAGAGUCCCUAUCCCUAAAGUUCGAGUCAUUUAAAAGUUUAGUGCCUCACGGCCUCAGAAAACACCCUCCAUAUAAAACAACCUACAUCUAAGACUAAGAGUUUUCAGAAAUUUGAUCUGAAUGGAACUUUGCAGUCCCUCGUGUAUUUUUGAGCUUCUAAUACAGUGUACUGAGUUCGAGUUUAGUUUAAUUCUUGCCGAUUGGCUUCCUCUUUCUUCGCGUUCCGCGUUCCGCGUUCGACUGCAGCAUGCAGGCUUUUGUUUCACAUCACAUCUUUAUCAUGUUAUUUUGAUACAUGCCGAUCAACAUCGCUCAGAUCGGUAAUCAAAGGAAAUCUUAUGAUCGAUUAUUUUCGAUUUUCGAUUUUUGUCCAUUGAUAAGCAUCGAACUCAAUAGAGAACGAUCAAUUCUUAUAGACUUUCGAAAUUAUCAGCCCUGUUAAUUAAGUCAGUAACUAAUUCUAUGUUUGAUACGAAAACCUAUCUAAUUACAAUUCUUUCUGUCUUUGUUCUCCUAUCUCUUUUCUUUAUUUAGUGUUAAGCAUGUACAGCAUUUACGUUACCAACAAGUCUAGAAAUGGGGUUUAUAUCCGCGUUCAGCAGCAAAAAAUUUCUUCCGUGAAUCCACGUUUCUGCCACGAUUUGUAUGCUAUUCAAAAUGGCAGGGUAAGGGGUGGAGGAACGGUCAGAACUCACUUACUUCAGUGGGGCUUCUGCGAGAUCGCUCCUGAUCAGACCAUAACAGUCGCAGUGGAUAUAACAAAUGAGGGACCACGGAAGUACGCAUCGCUGUAUGCUGGAUCCAAAUUGUGCACCGUGGACUUUGAAAUAAAUUGUCUGAGGUAUGGCUGCCUGUUUGUAAAGAGGAAAGUGCGCGGCAACGACUGUUAUGGAAGGCAAGAAGUAGAAUAUUUCUUUUACCAAGCUAAUCCCCAGCCUGUUUGGAUUCCAGUGGAAGACGGAAACCCGUUACCAAAAAAGAUCAUCAAAGCGGGCACUACAGGUUUUGGUCGAUCUCCUGGAAACGGAGAGAAACCUCUUAAAGUGAUUUUAGACAGCAAUGGCUGUCAGCUUACUAAUAUCUAUACUACUAGUAAUAUAGAGUCGAUCUUGCGUAGUGGCACAUGUCUUUGCGACACAGGCCACGAAUUUGUUCCAGGUAACGUUGGUGAUCCUGUACCUCCCCACGCAGUCAUCGGUGGGGUUAGUGUCCCAGAAGGAUCGCUGUACCUUGGGAGAGUCGGAGGCAACACUCCUUGUGUAAUUGAAGUUGAAAGGGGCAAAGUUAAAUCCUUCUGUUACGGCCUUAUGAAUAAGGUUCAAAGCGGCGAGAUUUUAACUCUAACAAACGAUCCAAACGUUUAG